CACAGGUCAGAGGCUGCCGCCUACCGAUAAUGCCUGGGCUGACGUGGGACCAACCUGAUGUCUGUGAGUGGCCGACCUGCUGGAGGAGUUGAAACCACGCUUCUCUGGACCAUGGGGACCAUGUCUUCUCAAMUACGACUAGAGGAAAGAAGGAACACCACUCUCUUCUGGCCAAACAGGUUUAUGCAAUGUUUGGAACAACGGAUUCUAUGCUAACUUUAGCAACRGAAGAACCUGCUAAGAAGAACACUGUCAAGAAAUACAAAAUAAUUUGUAUCGUUCUUCUUGCUUUGUUGGUGAUCUUGUCACUUGGAUUAGGCCUGGGACUUGGACUCAGGGCACAAGACAAUGAAGAGAGCUGCAGGAGAAAAUGCUUUGAUUCAUCAUUUAGAGGAAAGUUGGGCUGCCGGUGUGAUGAAGGGUGUAGAGACCGAAUGGAUUGCUGCUGGGACUUUAUAAGCGUCUGUGUGGAAUCAACUCAAAUAUGGUCAUGCAGUUCAUCUCGUUGUGGGGAAAGCAGAAAGGUGGCCAGUCUUUGCUCCUGUGCAGAGGACUGUUUGCUGAAGCAAGACUGCUGUGCUAACUACAAGAGUGUUUGCCAAGGAAAAACCUCUUGGGUGGAAGAAGGCUGCACCACAGCUGAGCAGACUCAGUGUCCAGAAGGGUUUGACCUGCCACCUGUUAUCUUGUUUUCCAUGGAUGGCUUUAGAGCUGAAUAUUUAGACACAUGGAGUAUUUUAAUUCCUCAUAUCAAUAAACUGAAAACAUGUGGAAUUCAUUCAAAAUACAUGAGAGCUGUAUAUCCUACCAAAACCUUCCCAAAUCAUUAUACCAUUGUCACGGGCUUGUAUCCAGAAUCACAUGGUAUCAUUGACAAUAAUAUGUACGAUGUAUAUCUCAACAAGAAUUUUUCACUUUCUUCAAAGGAGAAAAAUAACCCAGCCUGGUGGAAGGGGCAACCAAUAUGGCUGACAGCAAUGUACCAAGGUUURAAAGCUGCUGCCUACUACUGGCCAGGAUCAGAUGUGGCUAUUAAUGGCUCCUUUCCUACAAUAUAUAAGGAUUACAACGGACCCAAUUUUUAUACCAUAUAUGUGGAAGAGCCUGAUUCUGCAGGACAUGACGAGGGGCCCGUCAGUGGCAAAUUACUUAAAGCCUUACAGUUAGUGGAUAGUACCUUUGGAUUGUUGAUGGAGGGCYUAAAACAGCGGAAUUUACACAAUUGUGUGAACAUAAUCAUUUUGGCUGACCAUGGAAUGGAUCAGACUGCUUGUGACAAGGUGGAAUAUAUGACUGAUUAUUUUCCUCAAAUAAACUUCUAUAUGUAUGAAGGGCCUGCUCCUCGCAUCAGGACUAGAAAUGUACCCGAGGACUUUUUUACUUUUAAUUCUGAAGAAAUUGUUAMGAAACUCAGUUGCCAAAAACCCGAUCAGCAUUUUAAACCCUAUUUGACUCCUGAUUUGCCCAAACGACUACACUAUGCCAAAAAUAUCAGAAUUGACAAAGUUCAUCUUAUGAUGGAUCCACAGUGGCUGGCUAUGAGGAGAAAAGGAAGUUCAUACUGUGGAGGAGGCAACCAUGGUUAUAACAAUGAGUUUAAGAGUAUGCAGGCUCUCUUUUUGGCACAUGGACCCAGUUUUAAAGAACAGACUGAAGUUGAAYCAUUUGAAAAUAUUGAAGUGUAUAAUCUACUGUGUGAUCUCCUACGCAUUCAACCAGCACCAAACAAUGGUACCCAUGGUAGUCUAAACCAUCUUCUGAAGGUGCCUUUUUAUGAACCAUCACAUGCAGAGGAAGUGUCAACAUUGUCAGUUUGUGAAGUUACAACUCUGUUGCCCAAGGGGUUUUUAAACUGUUCAUGUCCUAAGACACAAGAUGGUAGCYCUCUGGAAGAAUUGAAUGAAAUGCUAAUUUCUAAUGAAGCUAAACUAUCUGAAUGCAGACAAGGAUAUCCUCUCUGUAAUGAAUGUCUCUUACUAAUCAGAGAGUCUACCAAUCUGGAAGAAAUGAAACAAAUGUCAAAUCUCACUAAAGUUAGUCUGUCUGACUGCAAACAGAAAUUUCCUCUCUGUGAAAAAUGUCUCUCCGUACUCAAAAAGGCUCUCAGUCUGGAACAAAUGAAUCUAAGGCUAAAUCUGACUGAAGAAGAAAUAAUAGCAACAAUGAAAGUAAAUUUGCCAUUUGGGAGGCCCAGGGUUAUGCAGAAGAACCAGAGUCACUGUCUCCUUUACCACAGAGAAUACAUCACUGGAUUUGCAAAAGCUAUGAAGAUACCUAUGUGGAGUUCAUACACAGUUCCCAAGCCACAGGGAGACACAUCGCCUCCUCCUCCCACUGUCUCAGACUGUCUGCGGGUUGAUGUCAGGGUUACUUCUUUUGAGAGCCAAAAUUGUUCCUUGUCUUUUCCAGACGAGAAAAUCACCUACGGCUUCCUCUAUCCUCCUGCAAACAGUAGAACUUCUAAUAGUCGAUAUGAUGCUUUAGUUACAAGUAAUGUGGUCCCUAUGUAUGAAGAAUUCAAAAAAAUGUGGGACUAUUUCCAGGGGGUUCUUCUUUUAGAAUAUGCCACUAAAAAAAAUGGAGUAAAUGUGAUUAGUGGACCAAUAUUUGAUUAUAAUUAUGAUGGCCAUUUUGAUACUCCAGAUGAAAUUAAAGAACAUGCAGUCAAUUCCAGCAUCUUUAUCCCAACACACUUUUUUGUGGUGCUGACAAGUUGUAAAAACCAGAGUUUUGUACCAGACAAUUGCCCCGAGCAGUUGGAUGUCCUACCUUUUAUCAUCCCUCACCGACCUACCAAUGUGGAAAGCUGUCCUGAAAAUAAAACAGAUGAUGUUUGGAUUAAAGAAAGAUUUAAAGCACACAUCGCCCGGGUUCGUGAUAUAGAACUUCUUACUGGACUCGACUUUUACCAGGAAAAAGCACAGCCUGUCUCUGAAAUUUUGCAGCUAAAGACAUAUUUACCCCCAUCUGAAACUAGUAUUUAACUUAAUGUUUGAAACAAUUUUGGCAAAAUGU